CGCAUGCGCACGCAGUGUUUGGCUCCUGGCAUGUCGCGGGGGGAAAGCAGAGGUGGCCGCCCUCAGUGCAGCCCCCGGGUGUUUAAGCCCCAGCGCCAGGCUGGCUCUUUUCUGUCCUUGGGCCGGAGGCGUCGCCUGGAGACUUUGCAGAGCGCGGCCCUCCUCCUCCUCCAGCUGCUCGCCCAGCGGCUUCAGUCUUCGCAUGCAGCGCCAGCAUCUGCCCAGGCGGCGGCGGCUCCUCCUCCUCCUCCUCGCCCAGCGGCAAAGUGCGCCGCUGCUUCAAACCGGGCGGGCCUUUGUCCCUCCGGCUCUCCCGCAGAGCUAACGGGUCCGACUGGGAGGAGGAAGCGCUCAGGCUCCCUUGUCUUCAGACAGCGGCGGCCGCCCUCUCGCGCCCGCCUCCCCUUCCUGGCGGCGCCUGGGGCAUUGUGACCCGCGCUGAGCUCACCUGCUUUGCCGCCGGCAGGGCUGGAGCUGGGGCUGCUGCUGCUGCUGCCGGCGCCGCCGCCUCCCCCCAGCAAGGCACCCCCAGUGGCCCCAGGACGGCGUCUCCCUCUCCCACUGCAGCUGAGAGCGCGUCGUUGCCGCGCCCGCGUCUCGCUCCUUCGCCCUCUUUUGUUUGCCUGUCUUGUCUGAUUUGCCUGCGGAAGGGGGACUGGAGGCCCCCAGGUGCCCAAGCUUGGCUAGCAGCCUCUUCUCCGGCUCUCUGCCCUCCCCUUUGGGUUUUUUCUCCUGCCCUUGGGGAUGAUUUCGUGGACCCGCUGCUCUAACAGUUGGCCAUGUCCUGCUAGGGCCUCUGCUCUCUAACUGCCAUGUCUUCAGCAGCAUCCCUCUCUCUGUCUCCAGUAACCUGAAGACCCUGUAGGUGCUGUGCUAUCAGCAGCGGGUCAAGCUGAUGGAUGCUGGGAUGUCGGGCAGCAAAGUGGAUGGUGGUGGCAGUGCUGCCAGCAGCGCAAGGAGGUCUGAGGCCAGCGAAGGGGCAGCACAAAGAGAGGAGGAGCAAGAAGAAGAUGGUGAUGAAGAUCUCCAAGAUGGUGGAGUCCCUUUCUUUGUGAACCGAGGAGGGCUUCCCAUCAAUGAGGCCACCUGGGAAAGGAUGUGGAAACAUGUGACUAAGAUCCACCCUGAGGGAGAAAGGGUAGCUCUGAGGAUCCGAGGAGCCACUGACUUGCCCAAGAUUCCCAUACCAAGUGUGCCUACGCUCCAGCCAUCCACUCUUAUCCCUGAGCGCCUGGAAGCUAUACAGCGCUAUAUCAGGGAGUUGCAGUACAAUCACACUGGGACACAGUUCUUUGAAAUCAAGAAAAGCAGGCCUUUGACUGGGCUAAUGGAUCUGGCCAAAGACAUGACAAAAGAGGCCCUGCCAAUCAAGUGUUUGGAAGCUGUGAUCCUGGGAAUGUAUCCUUUUUCUCUUAAAACAAUUUACCUCACCAACAACAUGCCAACACUGGAGCGUUUCCCCAUCAGCUUCAAAACCUACUUCUCAGGGAACUACUUCCGCCAUAUUGUGCUGGGAGUGAACUUUGGGGGCCGCUAUGGGGCACUGGGCAUCAGUCGGCGUGAGGAACUCAUGUAUAAGGCUCCCGUCUUCCGCACACUGAGCGAGCUGAUCUUCGACUACGAGGCGGCAUAUCGGCGCUGCUGGCACACCCUAAACAAGGUGAAGCUUGGCCAGUAUGUCUCCCAUGAUCCUCACAGUGUGGCACAGAUUGAGUGGAAGCACUCCAUCUUGGAUUUGGAGAAGCUGGGCCGAGAGGACUUCCGCAAGGAGCUUGAGAGGCAUUCCCGUGACAUGAGGCUGAAGAUCAGCAAAGGAACAGGGCCGCCAUCCCCUACCAAGGAUAGGAAGAAGGAUAUGUCCUCCCCACAGCGAAGCCAAUCCAGUCCACAUCGUCGCAACAGCCGGACUGAGAGGCGGCCAUCUGGAGAGAAGAAACCCACAGAGGCCAAAGCCAUGCCAGAUCUUAAUGGUUACCAAAUCAGAGUAUAAAGGAUCUCUCUCCACUCAUGGACUGCUCGCUGGGCAGCAUUUGGGCCAAGUCUGCCUACAGAGGGCUUAUUUUGGGUAGCGGGUGGGUAGGCACGAUGGGCAUAAAUUGCUGGUUUUCUAAGGUAUUUCCUGCAGUGCUGAUCCAGGGCAUUCAUCUCUCUGAUUUCUAUGGGGAGGGGUUUCUAGAUCCACAGACAAAACUCUAACAGACCUACCAGUUACUGGUUUAGUGUUGUACAGUAUAGUAUUGGUAAGGAAAAUAACCCUUUUUUUAAAUGGAGAGACAAUGAGGCUACUGUCCAUUGGCCCAUGCAUAGCUAGAAUUCUUCUGACUUGGCAUAGUCCCUCCGUGGGCAACUGUCUCUCUACAUCUGAAGGAUGAAGCUGGCAUGAGGAUGGAGAGUUGGGAUUAAACAAAAGGAUUUCCAUAGAAUGGUUUUUUAAUUUUAUUUGUACCUUCUGAGCAUUUUAAUAUUUCUACUGAAGUGGGGAAGGGGGGUGGAAAUCACUAUAUCUUGAGAUGUGUUCUGAAACCACCAACUUAAUCCUCCUCCUGCUGGUCCUAAAGAUGGAGUUGUAUGUUGUGUGGUGAUGGUGGUGGGUCCUUAUUGUGCAUUUCCUGCUGCAAACUGGGUAUCUUGUGUUCCGGGUCCCCAGAGAGUGAUUCUUCUUAAGGAAGGCAGCUCAGGAGGUGCCUGUGCUAUUGUCCAGGAAAGCAGAAUGGAGGACAGUGAUGUCUUAAUUGCCUGGGAACAGUAGUUACCCACUGUGGUGCAUUCAGGGGUGGCUGGAGAUUAGCUUUCCAUCUCCAUUUAUCUGGUGCUAUUCUGGUAUGAAAUGCAUUGGCAGGGCAUCACAGCCUUUCAAUAGAAUGAAGAGAUUAAAAGAUGAUCCAUGUGACUAGA